AUAUGGCAUCCUUCCGCGAAUCGCGCUAAAUAACGCCAAAACGUCCUAAUCGUUCGCAUAUACCUUUUGUAUAUGGUAAAGAGUGCAGUCACAAGUUGUUAAAUAAAAUCAAGUAUAACAUAGAGAAAAAUAGACGUAUUAAAACGCUGUGUUUAUAGAAAAAUUAUUUCUACAAUAAUUUUAUUCUCUAACGUAAGUAAGUAAAGUCAGAAGAAAAAUGGAUUCAGAUAUCUAUAUGAAUCAGCUCAACGACAACAACGAAAAACCAAAGCCAAAGCGAACACGAAAACCGGUAGCGAUUAAAAAACAGCUAGCUGAGCCGAAUAUAAAAUAUAAAAACGCUUAUGUCAAAAUUGUAGAGCAGCCGGCAAGUAAAGCUGUGAGAUUCCGCUAUGAGUGCGAAGGACGUACGGCCGGGUCCAUACCGGGUGUAAAUUCGACGCCGGCAUUGCGAACAUAUCCUACAAUCGAAAUUGUUGGCUACAAAGGUCCUUCGGUGUGUGUCGUGUCUUGUGUGUCCACGGAUCACCCAUAUAGACCACACCCUCAUACUUUGGUAGGUAAGGAGGGUUGCAAAAGUGGUGUGUACACGUGUAGUGUAAACGAGGUUACUAUGCGUGCCGAGCUCUAUAACCUGGGUAUACAGUGUGUUAAGAAAAAAGACAUUGAAGCCUCACUGAAGAUGCGUGAAGAAGUACGCGUUGAUCCAUUCAAAACUGGCUUUUCACAUGCAACGCAACCGUGUAGUAUAGAUAUCAACUCGGUGCGCUUGUGUUUCCAAGUUUUUAUCAAAGGCGAAACUGGACAUUUCACUGUGCCAUUGAAGCCCGUCGUCACCGAUCCCAUCUAUGAUAAGAAGUCGAAGGCAGACCUCAUUAUUCGUGAGAUGUGCAGUUCGGGAACGGUGCUGGGCAACACGACAAUCAUGUUGCUCUGCGAGAAGGUGACGAAGGAAGACAUAGCGGUGCGUUUUUUCGAGGAGAAAAAUGGUGCUGUGGUUUGGCAAGCUUAUGGCGAGUUUGAUCCCUCCAGUGUGCACAAACAAACCGCAAUUACAUUGAGAACUCCACAAUAUCACAACACCGAUAUUGAAGAGCCCGUGCCGGUAUUCGUGCAACUACAAAGACCUUCCGAUGGUGCCGUCGGUGAGCCUUGGCAAUUCAAAUAUGAACCAGUCAAAAAGUCACGGUUAAGACGUAAAUGUAGACUAAACGAUCUUACUAUGACCUCACUUAAAGUUAGUGAGAACCAGACGGUUACCAAUAAACCGAUACAAAAUAACAUUACCCUUGUUGCCACACAAGCAAAUUUGGAUAAGUUCUUCGUAUCUGGUGAGAUGACACCAUCGCCAGAACCAAUGUCACCGUCGUCAUCAACCAGCAAGAGUGAUACGUCGACAACAACUUCGCCUUACGGCAAGGUCACGGAGGUGAUUAACCUGGAAAAUGGUACGGUGGACGUCCAAGAAACUCUCAAUGUUGAGAUAUUUCCAACGACACUGGAAAUUCAUGAGGAGAGUAAAGUUUAUAAGGGUAACCGAAAGUCUCUAUUUCCAAAACUUAAAACCAUUCAAGACCAGCAACAACAAGCUAAUUUGGAUGAGCUGUUGCAGCAACCGAAUCAGGCCCAAAUACAGCAACAACAAUCACAAGGACACCAAUUGCCGCAACCAGAACAACAACCACAAUUACAACAACAUCAAUCUAUUUCGCCGCAGUUGCAAGUUCAGCAAGAACAACAAUAUCCACCGCCGCCACAAUUGCAACAACCAAUUAUUCCGCCACAACAACCACUCCAUCCUCAGCAAGAACAACAACAUCCACCACCGCUACGAGUGCAACAACCAAUUAUUCCACAGCAACAGCAGCAGCCGCAACAACCACUCCAUCCUCAGCAAGAACAACAACAUCCACCACCGCUACGAGUGCAACAACCAAUUAUUCCGCAGCAACAGCAUCAGCCACAACAACCACUCCAUCCUCAGCAAGAACAACAACAUCCACCACCGCUACGAGUGCAACAACCAAUUAUUCCACAGCAACAGCAGCAGCCGCAACAACCACUCCAUCCUCAGCAAGAACAACAACAUCCACCACCGCUACAACUGCAACAACCAAUUCUUCCGCAGCAACAGCAGCAGCCGCAACAACCACUCCAUCCUCAGCAAGAACAACAACAUCCACCACCGCUACAACUGCAACAACCAAUUAUUCCGCAGCAACAGCAGCAGCCGCAACAACCACUCCAUCCUCAGCAAGAACAACAACAUCCACCACCGCUACGAGUGCAACAACCAAUUCUUCCGCAGCAACAGCAGCAGCCGCAACAACCACUCCAUCCUCAGCAAGAACAACAACAUCCACCACCGCUACGAGUGCAACAACCAAUUCUUCCUCAGCAACAGCAGCAGCCGCAACAACCACUCCAUCCUCAGCAAGAACAACAACAUCCACCACCGCUACGAGUGCAACAACCAAUUCUUCCUCAGCAACAGCAGCAGCCGCAACAACCACUCUAUCCUCAGCCACUUCAGAUGCCGUACCAGCAACAAGGGGUUCCCCAACAACCGCAAACGGAGCUGCAGCAACAACAACAAUGGCGUUUGAUGCAGCAACUGCAACAACUAUUUCUUGGUGACACGAACAGGGAAGAGAAACUCACCAGCAUUUUGGCUUUAGCUGUUGCAGCGCUGAGCAAUAAUCCCCUCAACGUGCAACAUUUCCUUAAUGCCACUGCAAGCGCCAUGUCACAGAAUGGUCAGCAUAAUUCCGUUCAAAGCAGUACACAGCAACAGCCGCUGCAGCCGUCUCCGCCGCCUCAACAACAAAAUCCAUUUGUACCGCCUCAUCAGCAACAACAAUUAAUAGCGCCUCAACAACGGCAACCAUCACAACAACAAAACGAUUUAUCUCAAUCACAAUUCCAACAACAAUCUAACGUCGCCACUAGUAGCAACGAAGAACCUUUGGUGGGCGAGGCCGCUGCCAAGAAUAACAGUGAUUCCGAGACGCGUAUAGAGACUUCCUCCAUAAGCCAAUUGCUGAAUUUGGAUAGUGAUCAAUUGGUACAGAUCUGCGAUGACACACUACUCGAUCACACCAUCACUGACGACUUCUAAUUGGCGCCUUUAACCUUCUCAGUCUAGAUGUUCAUCUUUAUGAGUUUCUCUUAUGUUGAAAAUAUAAUACAAAACAAUAAUAUUAAAGUAAAACCCAAUAAUAA